AAAUCAAAGAAAGCUGAGGCAAAGCAAAGAUCAAAGAUCAAGGCCCUUUAUUAGGAAAUUGAAAGCUCUGUGUUUCAGAAUGAGAUUGUCGUUGUGGUUUGCGAGUGUAGUCGUUCUUACACAGCUUGUGUGUGGAGCUCUCUGUUGGGGGAAGGAAGGUCAUUACACUGUCUGCAAAAUAGCCGAGGGAUACUUUGAGGAUGUGACUAUAGCUGCAGUGAGGAAACUUCUGCCUGAAUCUGCUGAAGGAGAUCUAGCAUCUUUUUGCUCAUGGCCAGAUGAAAUCAAACACCUAUCCCAAUGGAAAUGGACUAGUGUUUUGCACUAUGUUAACACACCUGAGUACAGAUGCAACUAUGAAUAUUGUCGGGACUGCCACGACGCUAAUAAGCAUAAAGACUUGUGUGUGACAGGGGCAAUCUUCAAUUACACAAACCAAUUAAUGUCUGCUUCUGAAAACUCACAGAGGAUUUCCCACUUUAACUUGACAGAGGCUCUGAUGUUCAUAUCACAUUAUAUAGGAGAUGUUCAUCAGCCCUUGCAUACUGGUUUUCUUGGAGAUUUAGGUAACAAUAUAAUAGUCAAAUGGUACCAUCACAAAACAACUUUGCACCAUGUCUGGGAUAACAUGAUAAUUGAGUCUGCUCUAGAAACAUAUUACAAUUCAAGCCUUCCACGCAUGAUACAAGCCCUUCAAGCCAAACUCAAGAACGGCUGGUCAAAUGAUAUUCCAUUGUGGGAGUCAUGUCAAUUUAACCAAAAGGCCUGUCCAAAUCAGUAUGCUUCUGAAAGCAUUGAUCUUGCCUGCAAGUAUGCUUACAGGAACGCUACUCCAGGGACUACUUUAGGAGAUGACUAUUUCCUUUCACGGUUACCCAUUGUGGAGAAGAGACUUGCACAAGGUGGGAUUCGCUUGGCAGCGACUCUUAACCGCAUAUUUUCUGUAAAACCAAAGCUCGCUAGAUCUUGAAACCAAGCAAAAAGUUCCUAGAGAACCCAGUUUGGAUCAUCCAAGAACACUUCUUUUAAGUCUUCUUUAACAUUGAAUGGUUGAGUAAACCUCCAAAAAAUCUCUCAUUCUUCUUUUCCACAUAUUUUAGUGUUGAACAUUUGCCAAAAAAUUGACAGUUAUAAUCAGAUGAUUUUGUUAUAUUUUGGGACAAGGUUCCUAUUACAAAACACACUCAUGGAGUCAUGGAUAAUACGUGUAGAAAGUAAUAUUGUCAAC